AAGAAGUUGAAGAAGUUGAAGAAGCUGAAGAAGAGCUUCAGAGCCCUGGAAAAAGGCUAAAAUACGCCGAACUGGAAGAAGUAGACGAAGAAGAAGAAGAGAGCGAUCUCCCUUUGAAGCUCGGAUCGUUUUUCUCCUUCGCGAGUCCCACGGUGUUCGUGGUCUCUGCUGCUCUAGAUUAUGAUUUUCCAAUCAUAUAUGUCAAUAGAAUGUUCGAAAGCUUCACUGGCUACCGUGCAGACGAAGUUAUUGGCCGGAACUGUCAGUUUUUACAGUAUAGAGACCCAUCUACACAGAAGCCGCUUCCUUUGGUAGAUAAUGCGGUAACAUCUGAAAUCCGAAGAUGUCUUGUGAAAGGGGUUGAAUUCCAAGGUGAGCUCUUAAAUUUCAGGAAGAAUGGUACUCCUUUGGUGAACAGACUACAACUGAGGCCCAUACAUGGGGAUGAUGGCAUUGUAACACACAUCAUAGGUAUUCAAACAUUCUCUGAAGCAAAUUCAACUUCAACCGUGUGAUGCAGUUGCACUAGCCUGGCUG